CUCCGAGCUCUCGCAUUCCAACCAUUCCAGUCUCCGCGAACAAUCGGCCCUCAGUUAUUUAUGAGCAGCGCUUUCUCUCUCUCCCGACUCAGUCUGUUGUGAAAGCUUCUCAGAGACGCACACCGUAGCAGUGCACUCUCUCAGCGGAACGUAGUAUACCCAGGAUACGAAUUUAUACUUUCCAGUUAUAGGAAGUUCUAGUAGGAUUACAUUACGUUUAAAAGAAAUAUAAACGAUAUAGACCUACGGCGUCCACAACUUGUUUCCGUGAUGACAAUGUAAAUAGAUCUGUGGUUAACUAAUAAUCCAAACCACCAAAGUUCAACACAGCACAUUCACUUAUAUAUUCUCUGAUUGACUGAGAUGAGAACUGCUGAGGAGUCUUCUGGCACGGUUCUACACCGUCUAAUCCAGGAGCAGCUCCGUUACGGGAAUCCCACAGACACCCGUACCCUCCUGGCCAUCCAGCAGCAGGCCCUGCGUGGAGGCAGCAACAGCAGCGGAGGAGGCGGUACCGGAUCACCCCGCUCCUCUCUGGAGAGCCUGACCCAGGAAGAGUCCCAGUUCAUCCACAUGUCCACCAGACAGGACCCCCAGGGCCAGGAGUACCAGGGGGACUACAAACACUGUGACAGUGACUCCGCGUGUCACCUCUACCAGCUCCACAGACACGGAGAGGAGCUGCCCACCUAUGAGGAGGCCAAGGCCCACUCUCAGUACCUGGCCUCGGUAGGAGCCCAGCGGGGCCAGGGGCUUGAGGUGAUGGAUCACCAGGGAGGGGGCCAGUGGGAUUUGAAACGGGAGCACGCCCGCUCCCUCAGUGAACGGCUCAUGCAGCUCUCCCUAGAGAGGAAUGGUGGAUCAUGUGGAUCCAGAGACAGUCUGCCCCUCAGCUCAACACAGAGUUACCCACAGCUUUCCAAUGGCCACUGUGGGCCUGUUGACCACCAGGGACCAGAGUCUCUCCAGUACCCCGAUCAGAGGGGACCUCCCCCGGACUACUGCCCCUUCCUGGUCAGGCCUCCUGGAUACAUGCUCAGCCACUCACAGGAGACACACGGACACUACCACCUGGAACCUCCUCCCCCAUUCCACUCCCAGCACAGGUAUGAACCUGCCCAUGCCCAGAUGAUUCGCCACAGUGUCCAUUCUGGUCCAGAGGUCUACAUGAGCCAUGCCAACCCCAGUACCCACAACAACAGUGCCCAGAUGGACCUGUUGAGGGAAAAUGAGAGACUGAGGAAAGAGCUGGAGGGGUACAGCGAGAAGGCUGCCAGACUUCACAAGCUGGAAGUAGAGGUCCAGAUGAUAUCUGAGGCCUACGAGACCCUGAUGAAGGGCUCAGCCAAGAGAGAGACCCUGGAGAAAACCAUGAGGAGCAAACUGGAGUCAGAGAUCAAGAGACUGCACGACUUCAACAGAGACCUUAGAGAUCGUCUGGACACUGCUACAAAACAGCGAGUAACCAAAGAUGUUGAAUCUGCCAACCAGAAGCAGCAGGUGUUCGCCAAGCUCCUCGAACAAAAUGAGGAACAGCAGCGGGAGGUGCAGCGUCUGCGUGGCUCCGGGGAGGAGUGGCUUCGGCGCCGGGAGGUCCUGGAGCUGGCCCUGGGCUCGGCACAGACCCGUAACCUGGCCCUGGAGGAGGAGCUUAGAAGGAAGAAGGCGUACGUAGAGAAGGUAGAGCGGCUGCAGAGCUCCCUGGGCCAGCUACAGGCAGCCUGUGAGAAGAGAGAGGCCCUGGAACUGAGGCUGAGGUCCAGACUGGAGCAGGAGCUGAAGAGCCUCCGAUCAGCACAGUCCCACAGCACGGCUAGCGGUCCUGGCUCCCUGCCCUCUGACCUGAGCUCCAUGGUGUCUGUACAGCAGCAGCAGCUGGCCGAGAGAGAAGAGAGGAUCCUGGCUCUGGAGGCUGACAUCACACACUGGGAACAGAAGUACCUGGAGGAGAGCACCAUGAGGCAGUUCGCUAUGGACGCAGCCGCCACCGCUGCAGCUCAGAGAGACAGCAGCGCCAUCAAACACUCGCCUCGUCACUCACCCAACAACAGCUUCAACGACCACCUGCCAUUCAGCCACAGACAUCGGGAGAUGGAGAACAGAAUCCGAGCGCUGCGCUCCCAGCUCCUGGAGAAGGAUGCCGUGAUCAAGGUGUUACAGCAGCGGACUGGACCAGAGCAGCAGGCCCUCCUCCGCCCUGCCAGGUCCGUCCCCUCUAUCAGCACCGCUGCCGACGCCUCAACAUCCACCUCCUUCAACGGCCCGGUGGAGCGACCCACAUGGGGAAAAGGAAAGAGCCUCUCUGAUGACCAGACGGCUGCUGCAGUGUCUCCUCUGUCCCGAUCCCCCCACCAACACCCCCGCGCCCCCCUGGCCCUGCCUCUCCCCUACUCCGAGCCCCAGAGAAGGGACCACAGCAGCCAGUGUGAUAGUGAUGUCCCAGCCCAAAAGGCUGACCUCACAGUGGAUCCCCCCAGCAGUUUAGACACUGCAGCAGGCA